UCGACCGGAGGAGACUCAUGCCACCGGAGCUCUUCAGACGUCAGCUCGUGCUCACCGGUGGAAGGAGAAUAAUGAGCGUAAUAUAACCAGUCCAUCUACUGAUAAAAAGAUAUUAAUAUCCGGUAAUGAACGGGGAAUUUGGGAAGUGUGGGAAUCCGCCUCGCGCACAACAACGGGUCCGCUGGUUUGUACCGGGGUUUUACGGAGGAGGAUACACCGAGGGCUGGAUAUUAACCCGACCGUGACCGACCUAUUAUCCACCGGUCAGACGGUUGUUAUUCUCAUCGCCGCUGAAUUGAGGAAAAACAACACUUAAGGAGUGUUGACAGGAAGUGUGCGCAUGUGUGUUUGCUGACAUCGUGAGCAAUCAUGUUCCGGAACAGCCUGAAGAUGCUACUGGGCGGCAAAGGUCGCAAGAACAAUACCAGUGGUAACACGGACUCAGAGGCAUCAGAAGUCAGGAUGAUCGAAGGAUUCACUCGUUCACUCCCCUCCUCUCCUCUCCUUAACCUUCGCCUGGGCAAGAGACCUGGUGAAGAUGAGGAGUUAGGACCACCCCCCUCAGUAGAUGAGGCAGCUGAUGCCCUGAUGACGAGGCUUGGUUUUCUACUUGGAGAAAAGGUCAUCAGUGGAGAGCCAGGCUCCCCUUACCAUGCUCAGGAUGGGCAGAGGAUGUCUCCUUCUUCCAGUCUGGCUAGUAGCAACACCUCGCCCAGUUCCACACUGCACCCUCCCACUGGUGCUGAAGGCAGUAGUAACAACAAGCACGCCUCCCCGAACCACGCCUCCGUCACCUCCCCCACCUCAACACUGGAGAGCAGAGACAGUGGGAUCAUAGCCACGCUGACUAGCUAUUCUGCUGACUCAGCUGCAGAGAGGGAUGACGGCGCUAAGUAUGCAGGAGAAUGUUACCAUGGCAGCAGUCUCAACCUGUGGCAGCAGGGGGGUCGACCAGUGGUGGCGUCCACUUCGUCUACCAGUGUGGUAGCGUCAGGAAGCAGAAAUGAGGGUUUUCUAUAUAGGGUGGACGACAGCAUGGCUGCCUCCACUUACAGCCUAAACAAACUCCACCCAGAUCGAGGCACUGGCCUCACCCAGUCAUCAGGUUCCACCCAUUCCAUCCCCCUCUACUUCAUGCCUCGCCCUAAUUCGGUUGCUGCCACUAGUUCGGCCCACCUUGAAGACCUGGCUUAUCUUGAUGAGCAGCAGAGACACAUCCCUUCAAGGACAUCCCUCAGAAUGCCUAGACAGAAUUCUGGGAUUCGUAGUCAACAGGACCACAGAGCAGUUCGUUUCACUCCCUCUCUGAACCUGAAGCCGCUUCACUUUGAGGUUCCUGGUCUCUCAUCUGAUUGGCUCUUCACCGGCAGGGAGUGGCUCUUCCAAGAAAUGGACACCUGCCUCCGCAGUGAUGAUCCAGCAACCAGCCGGGGCGCGGUUAUCAUCGGCAACAUGGGAUUUGGCAAAACGGCCAUCAUUGCUCGCUUGGUGGCACUUAGUUGUCAUGGAAACCGUAUGUGGCCAAAUGCUUCUAGCAGCCAGACCAUAAACAAACAUGUGGAGACUUUUUCCCACGACUCCCUGGGAAGAGGUGGAGGAGGAGAUGAAGGGGGGUCAGGAGAAAGCUGUCCAGGCACACCAGAAAUGAGGAGGAGACAGGAGGAGGCGCUGAGGAGGCUCGCGGGACAGGUAGUCUCAUAUCAUUUCUGUCAGGCCGAUAACUGCCACACCUGUCUCGUUCCGGAGUUUGUCCACAACAUGGCGGCUACAUUAAGUAGCGCACCUCAGCUGGCCGCCUAUCGUGAACUACUGCACCGGGCGCCACAGCUCCAGAGCAUGCUCAGUCUGCGCUCCUGUAUCCAGGAUCCGAUCUCUGCCCUUCAGAAAGGAAUACUAGAACCGCUCGAUGCUCUCUACAGAGAAAAUAAACUGCAUGUAGAAGGGGCGGGCCUUAUUGUACUGAUUGAUGGGCUAAACGAGGCAGAGUUCCACCGGCCGGACUACGGCGACACGCUGACCUCCUUUCUAUCCCGAACCAUCCAGAGAUUUCCUUCCUGGCUGAAGGUCAUUACCACUGUCAGGACCAGUCAGCAGGACAUCACUCAUUCUCUGCCCUUUCACCGCAUCUCUUUAGACCGAAUGGAUGAGAAUAGCGCCAUAGACCAGGACCUGCAGGGUUACCUGAUGCAGCGUAUCCACAGCAGCACUGAGAUCCAAAGCAAUGUGUCACUGAGCAAUGGCCGCCUCGAUAACACUGCACUGUCCAAACUGAUCAGCCACCUGAAGAGCCUGAGCAGAGGCUCAUAUCUCUAUUUAAAACUGAUCCUGGACCUGAUAGAGGGGGGAUACCUCGUUCUGAAGAGCUCCAGCUUCAAGGUGGUUCCUGUGAGUCUAGCAGAGGUUUACCUGCUGCAGCUCAACAUGCGCUUUCCCACCCAGUCGUCCUUCCAGAGAGUUCUACCUUUACUCAACGUUACUGUGGCAUCGCUGCACCCGCUGACUGACCAGCAGCUGUUUGAGGUGGUAAAUGCGGGCACCCUGGCCGGAGGUUCGCUGGAGUGGGCGGAGUUCUCACAGCGCCUGGAGCAGCUCUCCUCGUUCCUUUUGCGGCGCAGCGACGGCAGUCGGAUGCUAAACCACACCUCCUUCAGGGAGUGGCUCAUGUGGAGGGAGGAGGGCCAGGAUGACCGGUUCCUCUGCGAUCCCAGGAGUGGCCACACUCUCCUGUCCUUCUGGCUCUGCAGACAGGCAGGAAAGCUGACCCGACAGCAGACACUGGAGCUCGGGCAUCACAUCCUGAAGGCGCACAUCUACAAGGGCCUGAGUAGGAAGCUAGGGGUUUCCUCCUCAGUUCUGCAAGGGCUGUGGCUGUCAUACAGCACCCAGAGCCUGAGCCCUGUUCUUGCGUCACUGCGCAACCUCUACACCCCCAAUAUCAAGGUGAGCAGAUUGCUGAUUAUGGCCGGGGCUGAUGUGGAUUACUGUAGCGAUGUCCUGAACAACGCCCCCCUGCUGUGUGUCCACGCUCACCUGGGCCACACUGAUGCUGUAGCACUGCUGCUUGAUCAUGGAGCACAGCUGGAUGCUUGGUCACAUGACGGUUUGACUGCACUGGGAUUCGCUGCUGCAGCUGGUCACCUGGAUAUCGUCACAAUGCUGAGUCAGCACAGAGCCAAGGUGGGUCACGUGGACGGCUCCGGUCGGUGCGUGCUGGUUCACGCAGCCCAGCGAGGCCACCUCGAGGUGCUGCGCUUUCUCCUAAAGAGGGCGGAGUGGAGUUGUACUACCUGCUGUGGACAGAAGGGGGCAAGCAGGAGCCAAGCAGUGCAGCAGGCUUUGAUUGCUGCAGCCAGCAUGGGACACACAGAGAUGGUGUCAUACCUAUUGGACCUUCCAGAGGAAGAUGAAGAAGGGGAGGAGAGACCUGAGAUCAACACAUAUGACAGUCUAUGGGGAGAGACAGCUCUGACAGCAGCAGCAGGAUGUGGCUGUCUGUCUGUCUGCAGGCUCUUGUUGGAUCAGGGGGCAGCUGUGGAGCAAGGAAACAAGCAGGGUGUCACUCCACUUUUCAGCGCCGUGAGACGAGGUCACUGGCAGGUGGUGGAGUUGUUUCUGAAUCAGGGGGUGGAGGUGAACAUGGUGGACCAGCAGGGGCGAACAUCUCUGAUGACUGCAGCCUCAGAGGGACACAUGAGCACUGCCCAGCUGCUGCUGGAUCAUGGAGCCUCCCUCGAACAGACCGACAGAGAAGGGCUAACGGCACUGAGCUGGGCGUGUCUAAAAGGCCAGCUCUCAUUGGUCAGAGAGCUUGUGGAGAGAGGAGCAGCCACAACUCAUGCAGACCGCAAUGGACGCACGCCUCUGGAUCUGGCUGCAUUCUGCGGAGACCCAGAUGUGGUGCAGUACCUUGUGGAUCACGGUGCGUCAGUGGAGCAUGUGGACUGCAGCGGGAUGCGCCCUCUGGAUCGAGCAGUCGGCUGCAGAAACACUUCUGCAGUCAUCGCUCUACUGAAAAAGGGAGCCAAAAUAGGACCUGCAACCUGGGCCAUGGCGACCUCUAAGCCAGAUAUCUUAAUGGUUCUGCUCAGUAAAUUGAUCCAAGAAGGAGAUAAAUUGUACAAGCAAGGUAAAGUGAGGGAAGCCGCUCACUCCUAUCAGUCAGCUCUCCAGAAGUUUCCAGGAGACGAGCUGAAGACGUUCAAACAGCUCAGGGUGUGCGUGCUGCUCAACCUGUCACGCUGCCGCCGCAAGAUGAACGACUUCAGCCUUGCUGAGGAGUUUGCUACCAAGGCCCUGGAGCUAAAAGCCAAAUCUUAUGAAGCUUUUUAUGCCAGAGCCCGUGCCAAACGCAGCCGCAGACAAUUCCACGCUGCUUUGGAGGACCUGAUUGAAGCCAGCCGUUUGUGCCCAUCCAACCGGGAGAUUCAGCGCCUGCUGUCACGGGUCAAAGAAGAGUGUCGGCAGGCUGCACAGCAAAAGGACACUCAUCCUCCAUCAUCUAAUCACGUCUAUCAGCAGAACAUGUCCAUCAGCGAGGCCAGGUCUAGAGAUUCAGGUUGUUUGCAGGUACAGGAUAGAGAGGGGCUUACAGAGGAAGAGGAGGAAGAGGAGAAAGCAGAGAGCAGUUUCAGGGAAAGAGACUCCUCUCCCUGUCACCUUCAACCUGCGGUUCAAAGUCUUGACACCCGCUGCCACUCUGGGGUACCAUCGCCCUCCUCCCUUUCCCCCACUCAUCUGUAUCAUCACCUCCCCAGUCCCACCCACGCAACCUCCCUUUCUUCACCUAGUCACUCUGCACCUCCCCCUCCUUCCACAUCUUAUCACGAUUUCAGCCCUACUUCCUCCCUAAUCCAGCAUCAGCAGCGAGGUGGCAUAGUGUCUGAAAGUAUGCCUACAUUGUCCGAAAGUGGAGGUGUACAAAACUAUCCACAGUCUGACUUAGAUCAGAACCAGGGAGUCCAGCGUCACCCCCAUCUGGCUGGUCAGAGGUUCCAGAAGCAGAACCCCGUCCAAGGCCACUGGCUCCAACCAGCCAAAGCACAGGUGGUCCGAACCAAUCAGCCCAGUUCUUCUACCCACUCCAGCAUGGUUUUGGGAAGUUCUGCAUAUUCCCAGUUCGCCCAUCUGCCCAAAGAACUAGCAGAGCUUGGGGAAGGCUUUUGCUCAAAUCCUAUGGAUGUCAGGCCUAGCCCAUUGGCUCAGCCUGGUCUGAGCUCUGGAGCUUCUUAUGUACAGGAUGAAGAAGAAGAAGUUGACCUGGUUAGCCAGGCCAGAGGCACAUCUGGCUAUGGGAAAGCAGCAGGAGCCGAGUGGGCGGGGGUAAACCGUUUUGGCCAGUCCCGUCAGUUCAGCCGUAACCAAUCCAAAGCAGCCUACUACCCUUUGGAAGUUACAGAGGCAGCAAUGGGGUCUUCAGAUAGGCUUCAGUCAUCGCACGAUUAUCAGUAUCAACACCAGGGUGGUCUUCGACGUCCACUCAGUGCUCACCCAACCUCCUCCUCUGGUCAUUCCCCUAGGCCUCUCAUCCAUUCCCAGAGUGUCAGCGUCCGUUUCUCCCCCAGCAGUGGUAGUCUUGCUACUGGACAGCCAGCUAAUCUUGGGCCAGGCUUUAGGACAUCGGCCUCUGUUCAGCACAUGGAUCUACCUUCAGAUCUGGCCUCUGCUAGAAGCAUUAGUGGUUACCAUGAUGAUAACUUCCUGAUCGCCUCUCCCCAGUCUGAAAUAUGCAUGUCAGGAGGCGGGACUUACCCUGGAGAGGUGGGACGUUCAUCUAGGAACACUCCUUUUAUGGGAGUAAUCGACAAGACGGCAAGGGUGCACCAGCAGUAUCAGCAACAGGCUCCGUCCAGCUCAGCGUCCUGUCUCAGUCCGUCUCGCUCCUGGGCCGUGUCUUCAGUGGACACAGUUGUCACUUCGCCCAGCAAAAACCCCCCUCCACCCCAGCUCUCAUCCUUUGCCUACCACAACCGCAGCAACAACAAUGCCCACAAUGGUCACGCCUCUUAUGAUAACCAGCUGGACUUCUAUGACGUGACGCCAGGAAAUGUUCACCAGGGUGAGGGCUCAGUGCAGGUUGCCUGUCAGAAUCUCUCCUACAUGGAUGUGAAGGUGGCUCGGACGCUGCCCAUGAUCCACAGCUGCUCGGACAGACCGACUGAGAGACGUACGGGUCCUACGUCUCCGGUUAAACCAAAAAGACCCUUUGUAGAGUCCAAUGUGUAAAGACAAUACAAGAACAUUAAUGAAAAGUGGUAUAAAUGAAGUCACUGUACCGAUAUACUGGAAGACUGUUCUUGAAACAAAGUAAUGUCAAGUUCCUACAUUUAGUACUUGGAAUGUUUAUAAGAGCAAGACACACCAAGUUCAGACUGGGUAAAAGCUUUUGUUUUCAUUUGGUUGUAUUUGUUAGUAUGCUUCAGAGAACUCCACCUCACUUGCUAGGUUAAGUGAUUGCUCUAUGUUGUUUUUGGAAAGAGUGCCACUUCAUCUUAGGCAUACUGACUCCUUCAUGGUGAAGAUGCCUAACCUAUAAGAACGGCAUGGAACAUAUUCACCAAUAAUGAACUGGUUCUGCCAUUUGGAAGUGAAACAUUAACAGGUGUUCACCUCACAAAGCACAAGAACGAAGAAGAUAAUUAUGGAAUAAGACUGUAUUCUUCUUCUUGCACAAUUCUGGCUUGAAUUACAUUUUAAAACUGCAGUUCAAGUCUAAAUGGUGACGUCCAGACAGGAGAGAAAAAGCACCGCAAUUACCUUUGCCUGCUGCCGACGCCUUUAAUAAAGAUCUCAUUUCAAGAUUGAAGCGCUUAAAUAACACAGACUUGAAAGAAAUGGACGAAUCCAGGCUCGCGUCAUUGUACCAGUCAAACGCUUGUUAGUGACCCAGACCCAAGCCAUAGUUUGAGAAACUCGAAAAUACUGUCAUUGAAUAAACACUGAGUUUAAAAAAAAAAGGAGAAAAAAUUGUAUUUAUCUUUUUAAGUUAUGUCUGUAUUAAACUGUAAAGUUUCUUUUUGUUUUUUCUUAAAACGGUAUUCCUUUGGGAUUUGCCAUCGUGUUUAUUUUGGGGGAUCGUCUGUGAGAACACGUAAACUGAAACUUUAGAGUUUUAGUUUACAUGAAGCAGAAACUCUAAAGAUGUUGGGUUAACAUUGGUCUCUUUCUGGGUUCAAUUAGAACGAUAUAGCGCAUUUGUAAAAAUUGGAUUUUUUGGAAGGGUCAUCCAUUCAGCCUUUUUCUGUGCUCUCUGAAGGCCUUUUAUAUUCUGUAGUCCUAAUGGUCUAAUUAUGCAAACCAUAUGAUUCCAAGUGAUACACCAGGGCUCUUCAUACUGUAUUAUGUUGGAAACAUUUUGCUUGUAUGUGCCUCGGUUGUCAGUACUGUCAGUCACUCUCACUCUGACCAUUAACUUGGCUUGACAUGUCAUUUCUGGAUAUUUGUCCUCAACAAUGUGCAUUUGAACUCUUUGGAUGGUGUUGUAUGUUUUUCUUGCCUUUCCAAAGAUAACUGUGUAAAAUCCCAAUGAAACAAUCUAUUUAUCUGUGCGAAACCAGCUUAAUUUAUGACCAUGCCAAGCUAACUAUCUUACCACCAACAGCAGCCACAGAGCCUUACCAAUGAGGCCCAAAAAUGUACCAUUAUUCAACUACAUUCAUUUACUGUAUUGAGGUUUGUUUGUUUUUCAAAAACUAAAGUUCAGUUCACUCUUUUCAUCUUAUCAUCCACUGUGUAUUUCACAGUCAGAUCAGAAUCUUAGCCUCACAAACAUUAGCAUACGUAGCCGUGUGUUUACUUACUCUUCAGAUGGUUCCUCCAACUUUGGUGUGUUUCUGUGCUUGUUAUAAACGCCUGCGCUCAGAAAAAGUUUAAAAUCUUCAAACAAAAUGUGAAGAAACAACUUCUCCAAAACAUGUACAUUGUACUGUGUUGGAGUAACACCAUCUUAAGUUGUACUAGAGCCAGGCAGGACUUUUCAUGUGAAAUCGGUUUGUACCAUGAGCUGGUGCAGUGAAUCAAUAUAACCUUUAUUUAAUAAUGUUCUUAUUUAUAGUGCUGUUCUGGGAAAAGGCAAAUUCUCUUGAGGCAACAAGGGCAGAAAUAAAAAGAGACAAGAAAAGUUUUUUAAAAGUGGUGAAAGUUUUUGUUAGAAUUUGCAAAGUAUAAUUAAAAAAAGGAAGUUUAGGUCAGAACAUAGACCUAAAUUUGGAUGUUAAAUAGGAAAAAAACUGUCGUAAUCAAAGAUGAUAAUUAAAAUGUUUGUCUGCAACAAAUGAUUUUAAGUCAAUAAUCAAAAGUCUUAUUAUAUAACAAACAUUUAUAGUUGUCGACAGUGUUUCUGCUUAUGUGAUAUCAAAGACUAGGCGUCAGUAACAGUAACUGUGACAUCAAAAAAAGUUUUCCUUAUUGUGCCACGUUACUGGGUUUUAAAAGUCGUUACUUUGAAUGGAAAAUGCGUUUUUCUUAUCGUACCUUAGAUGCUAGGGCUAACAAACAUCUGCUGCAAUACAGAAAUUACACUGUUUCUUUUUUGCGUUUCCCAAAGCGAUCACCAUCUACUUGGGAUUUUGAAUGUUACCAAUUUUUAGCACGCUAUCGUUUAUGAAUCCAUCAAGCACAUGCUUAUUUAUGUCUUUACAAGGUUUUCCUUUCAAACCAGUAGUUUGCCUAGCUUGCUAAAACAGACAACAUAUUUAUGGCAAAAGACACGGUUUACUGCUCAAAAUGCUUUUGUCUAUGUCAGCAAGGAAUGAUUUAACUUUUCCAUCUUAACCUUGUUAACGACAAGGGGAGGUGGCUAGCUGAAUAUUUAAAAGAGGGACAAGUUUCACUUUAAUCAUAUAUUAAGAUCAGGCUUCUUUAAAAAUGUCUUUUAUAAACAUGAAUGCCAGUUUUUGUACAUUUGUAGUGCUUUUUUCCCCCCAAACUUCUCACUUUCAGUUGCUGUUGCUGAUGAAACAAGUGAUGUCUGACACAGCACACACAGUACAGUCUCUGACCACUGCCAUCAUCUCGUACUGCUCAGGGGACUGCAGCUGUGAGAUGAUAUUAGCAAUUUGAUGUUCAAAGUGAAAACGUGGAAAAUCUGUUAGCAAAACUGUGCGUUGUGCAUCACAUGUAGGAUGUUUACCUUCUGUCUGCAUUGGUGCCUGACUGUGAAAUAUCCCGUCAGAACAGAGCCAAGUCAGUGUGUACUUUGGGCUCUUUCACAGUGUGUAAGAUGAGCUUACAUUUAAAACCAAGGAUGGUGACGAGAAGAGCUUCAUUAUCAAACAUUUCAAGCAACAUGAAUGUGUUUUUGGCUCAUGUGGAAUCACUGAGUUAGAAAGAGGAAUAAAGCUGAAUAAAAGACUGAA